AUGCGUCUCAGUAUAGAGAAGGCGGCUCGCCCAGCCCAGGAACGGACGCCGGCACCAACACUGCAGGCUGAGCAUAUCGCGCGUGAUGUACUAUCCCAAGUAGGGACGAUGAUCAGCGCGCGAUUCGAGGCUCUCGAGGAGCGCUUGCUCCCGGAGAAGCGCCUGAGGCCGCCUUUGGCUGCGGAUAGGCGUAGCGCCGAACCUGGGCCUUCAUCGGCACCAGAUCCCACCCCUACCUCUCUGGGAGAGACGUGGAGUGCAGUGGUACGGAAGGGAAAGGGGAAGGGAAAGAAGACAGCGCCCGCGCUUGACGUGCAGAUGUCGGCUUCCAUCUCCGCCAAGCCAAAGAAGUCUGUGGCUAAGCCCGUCGCGACGCCUAAGCCACCUACGGCCGCGCCGUUAAAUCUAUUACGGUGCCGAGGCCCCCAUUGGUCGCAACGGGAUCCGCUGCGGUGCCCAAGUCCGGUACGGCAUCAAGACCCGCUGUGGCCACUGCGACGCCAGCCGCCGCUAAUAAAAAGAAACGGAGGCGUAGAGCCCGCAAACUACGUGCCCCUACGACGGCAGCUG